AAGGCCAAAUUUACCACAAAGUCGGCUCAUUACUACCAAUGCCAAACGAACCUUAUAAAUUUUUACAAAUUUACUUUAUCGGUGGCGAGGACUCCGAACGGGCACUCGCCAAUCGCGUGAAUACACGUUGCAACUAUAAUCACCUCAAUUCACCAUUUGCAACGCGCAUUGUCAGCGAGAUGGACGCUCUGUUAAAUGAGCACAACGAAUUGUUGAAAUUAUUCAAAUCACAUAUGCAUAAGCUACAAAGUGACAAUCACGCUAUUUUCAUCAAUCCUGAUAGGACACCAGCUGGAGGGCAUAUACGUCGAUUCAACGCACCUGUUGUUGACGACGUGGCUGGAAUCAUGGUUGGCGACCAUACAGCUACGCGACAAAUCGUGAUUCGAAGAAAAUAUGAUGCUCUCCAAUAUCCACUCAUUUUUUGGAAGGGACAAGACGGAUAUUGCAUAAACCUUAAGCAACGAGAUCCGGUAACAGGAACCGAAACAAACAAGAAUAUUAGCUCAAAGGAUUUCUAUUCGUUUCGGUUGAUGAUUAGACGUGGUCAGGAUAAUAUUAUUCUACGAUGUCGUGAGCUUUGCCAACAAUUUAUGGUCGAUAUGUACGUCAAGAUAGAGAGUGAACGACUACGAUACUUGCGAUUUAACCAACAGAAGCUGCGUGCGGAAGAAUACAUUCACUUGCGAGAUGCUAUUGCCAGCAACGCUGAUACUGCCGAAAUCGGUAAUUCUGUCAUCCUACCAUCAUUGUUUUGUAUUAUUAUAUUAUGUUCAUCAAAGCAUAAAUUAGUUCAGCUAAAAGGUAACACGAAAUUCUUUGACUGUUAGGCGUUACGAAGUUCGCCGGGUUUGCUAGUU